AUUGCCUCAUGAGCAACAGAGGGCGCUGCAGCCGGUCGUCACAUUGCUGUUUUUCCUUCCUCGGUGACGUCUCGGCCCUGACAGCAAAGGAAAAUGGCGUCCGACUCUUUCUGUAAUCCUCCUCCUUUCCCUGCAAACGAGUCAGGAGACGGAUUGACUGACUUGGCGUGUGGAGACAGCGACGAGGGAGAAGACAUUUUUGUCAGCAAUAGUAAGUCAGUGAGUAAAGGAGUGUCUCAGACUGCGCGAGGAGAGGAUCUCCCCUGUGGCGAUGCGAGCAGCCGGACGAGCACCCAAUCCAAUGGCGUCCACUCUGACGAUGACAAUGACCUCUUUGCCGAGGCCCAGCUAAGCACAGACAAAUCUGGCAGUUCUGCCCAGAAAACGCUCUCCAGCUCUUCUGGCUCACGUCCCACCAUCUCAUUUUCUCCGAGUCCUGCUGUCAUGCCAGCCACUUCAUUGGAACAGUUGGAGGAGCAAGAGGACAGAGAUACUUUUGAUGUGGAUGUUGCUGUCACCAACCCAGAGAAAGUUGGUGAUGGCAUGAAUGCUUAUGUGGCCUACAGAGUAUCCACAAGGACCUCCUUGCCAAUGUUCAGGAAUAAGACCUUCACUGUGAAGAGGCGCUUCAGUGACUUCCUGGGACUCUAUGAGAAGCUAUCAGUCAAACAGUCACUCAACGGCUGCAUCAUUCCACUGCCACCAGAGAAAAGUGUUGUUGGAAUGACCAAAGUGAAAGUGGGAAUGGAUGAUCCAUCGUCAGUGGAAUUUGUGGAGAGACGAAGAGCCGCUCUAGAGAGGUAUCUGCAGAGAGUUGUGUCUCACCAUUUGCUGAUACAAGAUCCUGAUGUGCGAGAAUUCUUAGAAAGAGAAGAUUUACCCAGAGCAUCAAACACUCAGGCACUGAGUGGCGCUGGCUUUCUUAAAAUGAUCAAUAAGGCAUCGGAAGCUGUCAACAAGAUGACCAUCAAGAUGAACGAGUCUGACACUUGGUUUGAAGAUAAGUUGCAGGACGUGGAGAAUGAAGAGCAGCAGUUGAGGAAGCUUCAUGCUGUGGUAGACUCGUUGGUCAAUCACAGGAAGGAGCUAUGCGGAAACACAGCAGUAUUUGCCAAAAGUAUGGCCAUGCUGGGGAACUCUGAAGACAACACUGCUCUGUCCAGGGCACUGUCCCAGCUGGCAGAGGUAGAGGACAAGAUGGAGCAGCUGCACCAGGAGCAGGCCUCCAGUGACUUCUUCAUCUUUGCCGAGGUCCUGGCUGACUACAUCCGUUUGCUGGGUGCUGUGAGGGGCUGUUUUGACCAGCGUAUGCGGGCGUGGCAGCGAUGGCAGGAGGCCCAGAGUACACUCCAGAAGAAGAGAGAGUUGGAGGCCAAGCUGCUGUGGGCCAAUAAGCCGGACAAACUGCAGCAGGCGAAAGAGGAGAUCGCCGAGUGGGAGGCUAAAGUUACACAGUACGAGAGAGAUUUUGACAGAGUUGGCAUGACAGUUCGCAAGGAGGUUCUCAGGUUUGAGAAAGAAAAAGCCAAGGACUUGAAGAGCCAGAUUAUCAAAUAUUUGGAAUCAGUGCUUCAGUCCCAGCAAAGGCUUAUCAAGUUUUGGGAGGCUUUCCUUCCUGAAGCAAAGGCAAUAGCUUAACAAAUGAGGAGAGACACUUUUUACAACCCAUCUGCCUUUUCUGAACACUUGACCUCUACCACCAACUGUGAGAGGAACAUUUUGAAACAAAAAAAAGACUUUCGUCCAAUUGCGCUUUAGUUCUGGAUUCUGAAAUCUUGUACAGUUAUUUGAUACUGAUGCACUGCAUACAUCCUUGUUUAUAUUCCCUAUGAUAGAAUGCAAUGAAUGUUAUUCGGGACAAAUUAGCCAGAAAGUAGAAUUUUGUUUUUUUUUUUUUUUUUAAAAAAAAAAAAAUCAGGGUUGAGGGAGCAUAUACAAUGUAUUUUUUCCUGGUUGAAACCAUGCAAAAGUUUACACUAAGGUACAGACCUAGCGUAACACUUUAUAGUUUACUUUUGAGGUCAGACAUUCCAGCGUACUCAUGGAUGGAUGUCAGAUUGUUUUGAUGCAAUUAAAUGCAUUACACGGGUAGAAAAUCAUUUCUUUUGAAAUACAUUGCCACUAUUAUUGACAAGAAUCUUCAGUAAAAAAUCCUAGUGCAUUCUUACGCUGUAUCGUGCGCUACGUAUAACAACUUUAAAUGUGAUAAUAACAGGGUGACAAGCUUGUCAAUGUAGUUACCAUUAUGAACAGCAAAUUUCUUUAGGUUUUAAAGGCACACUACUUUUUUUGCAUUAUGAUGAUGAAUUCUGAGUCAUUAUCCUUUUUAACAGUUGUCACUCUCUUUUUUUGUCAGCAAUUCAAGUCAUUUGAAGCUGGUGCAAAGGCUGCUAAAUUAGUGCCGAGCAACAUACACAAUUUAUACAAUGUAUCAUCCAGCCAAAAUUGCUUGAUUUUAGACAAAAGAAAAAAAGCAUUGAUCAAAGCAUUAAAGUUAGUUUUGUUUUUUCAUUUGUGGGUUUAGUUUUUCUGUCAUAUUUCCAUAAAAAUGUGAUUAACUUUGGUAACCAAUUUACAUUACUGCACACAUAUUCUUGGAAAUGUUAUUUUGGUUGAUAUGGAUAAAUAAAUGUUUUGUUUACACUU